CUCUCUCUCUCUCUCUCUCUCAAUUAUUUUUCAUAAAAAUCCAGAGAGACAGAGAGAUAUCUCUCUCAUCGACAAGACACUCCCCACUUUCACCACUUCAAUUUCAACCCAAACCCUAGCUCUGAUCGCUCUCCGGAGAUGGACGAUCCCGGCGAGAACGAUCCCGGCGCCGGUGACUCGUCAUGGGGACUCGGUGCACCCGAUCCCGACUCGGUCAACCUCUUCUUCGACAGAGACGCCUCCUCCAUCCUCUCCGACCUCAUCCCCUGGAACACCGCCCUUGACCUCCGCUUCCACUCCGAUUUCCCGCCAAUCUUACCCUGCAUCGGUGGCGCAGAUCCGCCGUCCUCCACCUCCGCCUCCACUCCGGCGGAGCCAGAUCCGCCUCCACCGUCGGGGAUAUCCUCGUGCUCCUCCACUACUGCCCCCGGCGCGGCGGUCGUGGAAGCGUCGACAUCGAAUCCGUCGGCCUCGUCGAGCUCCAGCGAGGAUCCAGCGCCGGAGAACUCAACGGGAUCCGUCGGAAAUCCGCCUGAGAUACCGAAGAAAGAGAAGAAGAAGGUACAGAAGCGAAUCAGGCAGCCAAGAUUUGCUUUCAUGACAAAGAGCGAUGUUGAUAAUCUCGAAGAUGGCUAUAGGUGGCGAAAGUAUGGACAGAAGGCUGUGAAAAACAGUCCAUUCCCAAGGAGCUACUACCGGUGCACGAACAGCAAAUGCACCGUGAAGAAGAGGGUGGAACGUUCAUCCGAGGAUCCGAGCACAGUGAUAACAACAUACGAAGGCCAACAUUGCCACCACACCGUCGGAUUUCCUCGAGGCGGAGUCCUAACCAGUCACGAAGCUCAUCGUUUUGCUUCUCAUCUCCCGCAGGCAAUAAUGUCGAAUCCGUAUAAUUACCAAGGAAUGGUUCAUCAUCUUCAAAGGGAGGCUCCUCCAAGGAGGAGCAACACAUUAGCUCUUCAACCUCCUCCUAGUGGUGAAGAACGUCAAGAAUCUCGUCCAUCGGCAGAAGGGUUGCUCGGCGAUGUAGUAUCUCCCUCCAUGCGUAACCGAUGAUCAUCAUUUAUAGGCGUUCGGUAUAAGGUACAUUCUUUGCAUCUUCUAUAUAUAUAUGUAUGUAUGUAUGUAUGUAUGUAUAUGCGUGUCUUCUCUGCUUUGUGAUUGUGUUUGUCUUAGGGGGGUGAACUAUAGUACAUUACACGUAAUUGUAAAUCGAGAGUGGGCCGUAUAACAUAUAAGAGUAGAUAGAUAUCAAGAGGCUGCGUUAGAUUUAUGAACCCCACCUGCAAAAAAUAUAUUUAAUAUAAAGUGUGGGGAGAAUUCCUAAGACUGAAACAAAAUCUGAUCUCUCGAUCUCAUUUAUGUACUUAUGAAGAACAUGGGUGUGGGUCAUAUCACACACUGAUGGUGACCCUUGAGCUAAUGGAAUAUAAAUAUGUGGGGCCUCUGUCUUUGUGCUUA